UUGUUUGGGAGGAGUCACAGCCGCUUUUGGGUCUUCUUUACAAAGGAUGAACCGGAGCUAGGUCUGGGAACACUGUGUAACGCAACAUCACGGGAUAAAUUCAAGGAAACACUGACCACGGAUUCUGCUCGGUGUCCUCACUUCGCGUGCUGUUAGUAGGAAACGUUAUAAUCAGUCGUUAGAAUUUAAUCAAAUUAACUAGCGUACAAUGCGAUAGUGCUGCCUAGAGACUCGGAUAGAGAUCCAGACAGAUAACCAGAGGGAGAAGCAAGCCCACGGUGCACAGAUCACACAAAGUUUAGUUGGAUUCGUGUCGAACAAAAAACAAACGGAGAAGAUGUCCAAACCUAAUUAUACUGGCAUUUACAACAUGGUUUCCCAGGAAAAUUUUGAAGAAUAUCUCGCGGCUUUGGAUAUUAAUUAUGCAUUAAGGAAAGUGGUCUGCAUUCUGAAACCCAGCAAACAUAUUGAGCAUGAUGUGAACACGGGCAAAAUGACGAUUAAGACCGUCACCACCUUUAGGAACUUUGACAUGGACUUCACUUUGGGACAGGAGUUCACUGAGGACCUGGGACCAGUCGAUGGGCGAAAGUGCCAGACCACAGUGAACUGGGACGAUGAUAAAUUGGUCUGUGUGCAGCGAGGAGAGAAAGAUGGCAGAGGCUGGACACACUGGCUAGAAGGAAACCUCCUCCAUUUGGAGAUGAGGGUUCAGGGUGUCACUGCCAAGCAAGUCUUUAAGAAGGCUGAGUGAAGAUGGAGAAAAGUGAGAGAGAGAAAAUAAAGGGGCCAUUUGCUGGGGGGUUUGUGAGCUCAGGGUUCAGAAAGAGGCCAUAUCACAACAGUGAUUUGUCUCUGAGCCACAACAAAUAGUGUUUUAAUGGAGACUACAAAUGAGGAAAUUGGUUCACUUUCUAUAAAAUUCUAUCAGCAUUUACAGCACAGUUUACCCUUCACGGCUGCAGUCAAACCAAAACACAAAGUUCAAAUGAGAUCACAACAAUAGAGCCCUGUUGCCCUCUGUGAACAUUCAGGAGUGGUACUGUAAUAUAUGGAUUCAUGGCACCCUAAUACUGUAUUAUGCAGAUAUGUUUACAGUAAGCAAAAGUAAUGUUUAAAUGAGCCAGUGGUUUAGCUGGUCAAGUACAACUUGGAAUUCUUUAUUGCUAAAUUACAUUUAAUUUCUAGUGUCCAUCCAAUAAUGGAUUUGUUUUAAUCUGUGUGAUAGGAUUUUGAUUAAUAGCAAUAGACAAACUAAAAAUGUCUACAAAUUCUGAAACAUGUGGUCUGAAAUGAGUCAUGUAGUUUUAUUUGUCCACUGUAGAAUAUAACAUUUGUAUUACCAUAAUA